UUGAAUUCUUGAUGUUAAUGCGUUUCUUAUUCAAUCCGAGCAUGAACUCAAAUGUCAGAAUCAUCUCUGCUUAUGUGACAAGUUUCGGCGUUAUAGAUCCUCUGAAGUGACUGCUCUGAUCUUCUUCUGUUGUGAGAUUACCGCAAAAGCACUAACGCUAUUCUCUUGAUUGGAAUUGGACGACAUCGACGAUGACUACGAUAGCCAAGAAUGUGGCUAUGAGGAAUGUGAAAGCGCCUGUCGACGAUGGGAUAGCGAAACAGUUCUGGAUCAAGUUCAGGGAUGAAUCAUUGUUCGUGAUUUACACUCCUUUCGUCGUCUGCUUGGCUUCAGGCCAAUUGGAAUUGGAGUCUUUCCACCAUUUUAUUACUCAAGACGUGCAUUUCCUUCGAGCUUUCGUUAAGGCGCUACAUUUGGCAGAAGAUGUUGCUGAUGAUGACGAGAACGAAUCUGCUAUUGCGGAAUUGAGGAAGCAUGUCAAACAGAAGCUUAAAAUGCACAAGUCUUUUGUCAAAGAAUGGGGCUUUGAUCCUGCAAAUGAGACAAGUGCCACCUCAGCAACACUGAAAUACACUGAUUUUUUGGUGGCAACAGCCUCAGGAAAGGUGGAAGGAGAAACAGGUCGGGGUAAAUUUGCUACUCCCUUUGAGAAGACAAAACUUGCUGCUUAUACACUUAGUGCUAUGACACCUUGCAUGAGGCUCUAUGCCUUCCUUGGCAAAGAGCUACGGGGACUUCUGUAUUCUGAUGAAGGCAGUCACCGCUACAAGAAAUGGAUUGACAACUAUUCCUCUCAAAAUUUUGAGGCAUUGACUCGGCAUACUGAGGAGUUGCUUGAACAACUAAGUGCCACUUUGACAGGCGAUGAGCUUCAAGUUAUGGAAAGGAUUUAUCAUAAGGCUAUGAAACUUGAGAAAGAAUUUUUUACUGCUCAACCAAUUGUUCUACGAGCUAUAUUUCCUUUGACUAGAGUGCUUGACCCUGUGGAGUAUCGCCUCAUUCUAUUUUCUGAUUUUGAUUUGACUUGCACCAUUCUUGAUUCCUCUGCCAUUUUAGCGGAGAUUGCAAUAUUAACUGUACCAAAAUCUGAUCGGAGGGAAACGGAAACAGAAAAUCCACUUCCCGGAAUGUCAUCUGCUGAUCUGAGGAAUUCAUGGGGUGUUCUUUCAAAGGAGUAUACAGAAGAGUAUGAACAAUGCAUUGAGAACAUUAUGCUCAAAGAGACAGUGCCAGAGUUCAAUUAUGAAGGUCUGUCCAAAGCACUUGAGAAAGUCUCCGACUUUGAGAAACGGGCAAAUGCAAAAGUAAUUGAGUCAAGGUUACUGAAGGGUUUAAAUCUGGAAGACAUAAAAAAGGCUGGUGAGCGUCUUAUACUCCAAGAUGGUUGUACCGGGUUCUUUCAGACAAUUGUAAAGAAUGAAGGGCUGAAGGCAGACGUCCAUAUAAUUUCUUACUGUUGGUGUGAUGAUCUGAUUAGAUCGGCUUUCUCAUCAGGGGAUCUUAAUGUUCUGAAUAUACAUGCAAAUCAGUUUGCUUUUGAAGAAUCCAUUUCUACGGGUGAGAUUAUUAAGAAAGUAGAGUCACCCUUGGAAAAAGUAGAAGUUUUCAAAGAGAUUCUAAAGAAUUGUGAAAAUGGUAGCACGCGCUUGUCUAUCUACAUUGGAGACGCACUGGGUGACAUACUGUGCCUACUCGAAGCAGAUAUAGGGAUCAUAAUAGGAUCAAGCCCAAGUCUGAGAACAGUUGGAAGGGAAUAUGGUGUUAAGUUUGUUCCACUGUUGUCUGGUUUGGUGAAGAAACAGAAGGAAUUCGAUGGCAGCUCUUGUAUUUGGAAGGGGUUGUCUGGCAUUCUUUACACGGUCUCUAGUUGGGCCGAAAUACAUGCCCUCAUUUUGGGGACUAGAAGUUAGAAGUUAGGAACUAUAUCUUGUAGCCCUUUGGGG